CCCCCAUCCUCUCCAGUACACAACUUCCAUGAAAAAAAUGCCCACAGCGCAACUCUACCCAACGCCGGAAUACUUCCCCUUGCUCUUGACAUAACUCACAUACCUCGCAACGCGCCUCCACGCUCUUACACUUAGCACAAUCACGCCCUCCCCCAAAUUGCCACAUCACUCUCUUAAAUGCGUCCGUUAUCGCCUCUUUCUGCGCCUUCUCCGUCGCCAACAAUCGAGAUCCCAACUUCAAUCCCUCUCCAAACCCGCAAACUUCCCGGAACACAUCUUCCUCCUUCAGGCUCACCCGUACUGUCACUGACACCCCGCCGCUCCACACUCUUCCAUCCUGCUCCAAAUAAACAACUGUCACAUCCUUCACCUCCAUACUCCAUCCAUCGUACCCAAACAACUCGUUGGCUACCCUUAUCACAUCGGCCAUUUCCUCCUAACAAACCUAAUAAACCUCUUCCUUUCUGCCUCUUUUUCUCCGGGGCUGCCUCUAUUCUUAUACCUUGUUUCCAGUUUCCCCAGAUAUUCCCCCUAGUCCCUUUAUGUCUUAGUCUCCGCCCCGCACAACGACAUUUACCCCUCCAUUGGGCCGUCCGUGGUACUAUGGCCGUCGCCUUAGUCACAGCACUCCAUUCUAGCCCUUAAUUUCCCCUUCUGCCUUAUCCCCACGCUCUUUUUCUGUCUUAUCCGUACACCGGCCUUUUGGCGGGGUAAAGGUGACUUGUCUCCUCACCUA